AUAUAAAAAGCUUGAUACUUUUGGAAGAAAGAGAGAGAAAAAAGGUGCCGACUUUAAUCGGUUAAUCCAUAUGAUCAAAAGAAGGCGGGAAGAGUCGGAGACCCAAAACCCAAAAUCAAGGUUUCUCCUUUUACAGAGCGUGUAGAGAAAGCUUUCAGCCUGCAACAAUGGAGACCCCGAGCCCCAAGCACACGUGCUUAAAGCUCCAACUCAAAGAAGCUCAACAACCCAUCUACGUGAAGGGCACGUGGUUCGAGUCCCGCUUCGACCUCUCCAUCACCGACGGCCUCAACGCUUGGAUCUGCCACGCGUCGGAAGAACAAGUGAGAGACCGAGCGGCUCAGUGGGAUCAGCCGGUCUCGGAGUACGUGGCGUUGGCCGAGCGCUACCUAGGGUUUCAGCACCCAGACUCCGCCUACGGCUUCGCCGAUGCCGGCGACGGCCACAAAAGAUUGUCAUGGACUUUUGAGAAGGAAGGGACCAAGCUAGAAUGGCGGUGGAAAUGUCAGCCAUCGCCUAAUAGUAAGCAAACCACAGCAGCAGUAUUGGAUUUUCUCAUGGAUGCAAAUGUUGGGCUAAGUGAAGAAGUUGUGAGAAAAACUCAAUCAUUUGAGAGAUUGAAAGUGGAAGCUGAGAAGUGUCUAGCACAGAGUGAGAAGCUUACCAAUGAGAAGAUAGAAUUUGAAUCCGCUAUUUAUGCAAAGUUUCUUGGGGUCUUGAAUUCAAAAAAAGCUAAACUAAGAGAGCUUCGAGAUAAGAUUUCAAAACAAGACAUUGCUGGAAAAAUGCCAGAAGAAGAGGAAGCGAGUUCAGACCAAACUGAACCUUUUGUCAGCGGUGAUGAGAAAAUCGAGGAUGAAUCUUUGAAAGAUCUUCCAGUUACCUCCAAGGAUGUUCCGAGGACUAGGUCUCGAGGUCGUGGUCGAAAGAGGGCAGCAGACAAUUAGGGUCUCACUUUUCAAUUCUAAAUCUCAGCAUGUUUAUGCAAAUACCCGCUCCUAGGAUCUUUGCUUACUUUUGUUUCUACAUGUCUAUUUUGUAUCUUGUUGUAGAUUUUUGUUGUUGUUGUUGUUGUUGUUUUUUUUUUCAAGUGUUGAGGAUUUUAGAGGCAUACAAACUUUUGUAACUUCUAUCAUGAAAUGAAGAUGGGCAUCUAGAAGAUGUUUUUUUU